GUAAUAUAACUUUACUCAAUACAAGUAACAUGUAAUGUAUAUUUAAAACACUUACUACUAAUAUACUUGAUACUUGAUUUAGAUAUUUCGAACUUUGAUUGGAUUGUUUUCUUAGCAAAUGGAAUGGACACCAUUAAAGUGUUUGAAGUCGUACGGAGUAGAAUAUACAUUGAUGAGCGCGAUAUCCAGGAAACAUGACCAGCAUAUGAUUGUUUGACCAUUCUUUCCUAUUUUUAACGCGCCAACCAAAGGGUACACUUCACAGAUCAUGUUGUUUAGGAGCACGAGACGGACAGCAUUUCUUUCCACACUUCUUGUAUGUUUAGGGUUUCUGUUUUGGAUCAAAUUCCCAUACAUAAUUUAUGACGGAAGAAAUCUUGUGUCUGUUAAAGAAGCUCAGACGAAAUAUCUUUUAAAAAGUAGUAUAGCUCGCAAUGGUGAUCGGAACCGUCUAUUAUCACCUCAACAUUUGAAGAAAAACCCUUUAACGAACGGAACAAGAUCACGCUCAUCUAAGUAUGAAAGUAGUCAAAAUUUAGUGAUUAGCCCUAAUGCAUUCGAACCUGAGGUUAACGAAGAUUUUCAAACUAUUGAUUCAGGAAAUCCGAUAAUUCCUCACAUCAUGCAUUUUAUUUUCAUAACAGGUAUAAACGGCAAACGUGGGAUCCCUAGCAUCUAUAAACAAAAUGUCUUGUCAUUUCUACAUUUUAAUCCGAACUGGACUUACUAUUUCUGGUCGGAUGUAUCAGCGCGUGAACUGAUUGCAACACGACAACCUGAUUUACUGUCUAUAUAUGAUAAUAAACCAGACGUGGUGUUCAAAGCAAAUGCUUUACGAUAUGUUUUACUUUAUGAAUUUGGAGGUGUUUAUGUCGAUCUAGAUAUAAAAUGUAUGCGUCCGCUAGACCGAGCCACAAUGAAAUAUGCGUGUAUAUUGACUCCAGAACCUUUCGAGCACAGCGCGAUUCUUUACAAAAUGCCUUAUUUCUUCAGUAAUGCAGUUAUGCUCUGUAGACCAAAACAUCCGUUUUUCAAACAAGUGAUUGAAUCACUCCCCAAAACAGCUAAAUUGAAGGAUAGAUUGGAAGCAGAUGGCACAAUGUUCUUCACAAAGCAAUAUAGUCUUUAUAAUAAGAUCCAGCCGAACGAGACCUUCAAAAUUACAUCUUCUACGGAGAGUAAUUCUCCAUACUUCUACCGAGGAGAUUCAGACCACAACGAUGCAACAUAUGUAGCAAAUACACACUAUUUCAUGCGUUCGUUUGAUUUCGGUGCAAAUUCCCAAUUUAAUCGUCUCUGUAAAAGAUACAGCUCUAUCUAUAAUAUAGUUAAACGUGGGUGUAACUUGUGGAAUAAAAGGAAACUAAACAAAUCGAGAAAUUCAUUCUCUUUUACAGAUCAUAAUUGGAAACAUAUGUACUCGAUAAAGAGAACAACACAAAUGAUUCCUAUACAAUCUGUUAUACCACAGAUCAAACAAUAUAAUGCUAGUUCCAAAAUGCUAGACAUAUAAACACUUAUCUAGUUACUGUUUUUGACUUUGUGUAUUUAUUUUGCAGGGGACCUCCGUAGUAGAGCGGUUAAGGUCGCUGACUUCAAAUCACUUACCCCUCAUCGAUGUGGGUUCGAGCCUCACUCGGGGCGUUGAAUUCUUCAUGUGAGGAAGCCAUCCAGCUGGCUUACGGAAGGUCGGUGGUUCUACCCAGGUGCCCGCUCGUGAUGAAAUAAUGCACGGAGGGGCACCUGGGGUCUUCCUCCACCAUCAAAGCUGGAAAGUGGCCAUAUGACCUAUAAUUGUGUCGGUGCUACGUUAAACCCAACCCCUCCCCCCACAAACAAAAUCUGAUUCUUUAAAUGUAAUUGAAAACGAUAAAUGCAUUAUAUUGCAGAGGAAGCUCCUAUCAAAUUCAAUAUAAUAUUUAAAGUAUUCAGGUCAAUUUGGGAUCAUAGAGACCAUUUAUUAUUUCUCUAAAACAGAAUUAUACUAUAAGUCAGUUCUUUUGGCGUUAGGGAUGUUUCAUUAUUUCUCAUUAACAGACUCUGUCAAAAAUAACCACCAGAAGAGUAACAUAUUUCUGUGUGAUGUGAAACUUUCCAAGUACCUUUACUUAUGCAAUUUGAAUAAAAGCGAAAGCUUCUUGAUCAGUGAUUUUGAGGAGAUAAUUUCAUUGAAAUGUAACGUUUUAAGAAAAUAAGCUGUCACUUAAAUUUUCGUCUAUGUUGUGGUUUUAUCUAGUUCUUUUACUCGAAAUAUCGCCUGUUACGGGUACAUAAAAAUUAAGGAAAAGUCGAAAUAGUUGAAGUAUCUGAAAUAACAUUGCUGUUUAACAACAGUUUGCUGUGCACGUUUAACGCUGUUUAAGCACAUUUUCUGAAAGGGACAUGUCAAUGAGUAGGAGGAUGUCAGAUGUCCUUUUAGUCCCUGGCAUACUCUAAUUCAGAAAAUGUCUCUAAUCUUAAAUGGUGGACUUUCCUUUUUUGUAAUUUAACACCAUGUAUGUCUUAGGAAAUGUUUGUUUUAAAAGCAUAAGCCUGUUACAAUCCAAUCUACUUUAAUCCAACGAUAGCUUAUGAUUUACAAAUACCAUUAUAUAAAUUAAUUGAAAUUUUUAUCUCCCCAACCCCCUUGAUUGUUUCGGCAAUAUCUUUCAAAACAGAAGUAUUGACAUUUCACAUAAUAUUUGUAAUAAAAUACGAAAACUCAAAAUUUGAAAGUAUUCAUUUUACGACAUCUUUAAAUAAAAGAAGGUUUGGAUUGAUAGCGUCUGUCCAUGAGAGGUAAUGGAAAGGACAACACCCUCACGCACCCCAAACACCUGCUUAAACGGAACUCUAUUACUGAAAAUUGAUUGGACUGUCUAAAUUUAAACCUCUUUCCAAAAUAUGACAGGAAAACAUGUUUUUGUCAUGUCGUUUUGCCUUACAACGGAAUUCGUUCAUUUCUAAAUUUUAGAUAUUUUUGUGUAUUUUAGUGAUGUUAGGUAGUAAAAUACAUGUAAAAUAGCAUAGUUUACUUGAUUUUACUGAAAUGUGUAUAUUUUAUUAGGAACUAUUGCUCAGAAUUUUUGAGAAAUUUAGUGAAUAUAAUCAAACUAUUUUCGUUUAAUGAAAAAUAUAUUCCCUGAUGUCUAGCUACACAAUAGUGGCGUUUAUCAAUCCUCACUCACGGGACUAUGGUUCAUUGCAUUUUAGUCAACCUCAUAUUGUUUUGGUUUGAUAGACUAAAGAUAGAUAUUGAAGAAAAGGCAGUCUCGAAAAAGGUAGAAGGUUGGUAAAUGCUGAUAAGAUAUGUCAUACACUGUGUUAUUUUUUGUUUAGAAAAUAGUAUCGGAGGCAUUUAAUACUUUCUAGCCAAUAUAAAUACUAAUGAUGUAAAUCUGGAAAUAAAUACUUAAUAUAUUUUAUUCCCGUCAAUGUAAUACUUACACUGAAUCAAAACAAAAUGCAAAUGCUGUAAUUUUAAAGGCACUCGCUACUGUUUUCCCGGACGGGUCGAUAUU